CGGAUUCCCUCCGGCAGCCUUCUGCAGAAGCGCAGCAAGAAAGGGAGGGAGGGAAGGCGCCAGAGAUGGGGAGCGGCCGGGAAAUCACGGACCCCUUUCUUGGGCUCCCCUCCAGGGCUUGCAACUUUGCGGCACUGGCUGGGAUCUGUCGUCUGGGUGGUGUCUGCCCGGCGCCGCAGCCGUGGGAUCCCCAAGCAAAGGAGAGGGAGAGACGUUUCAGGCAGAUGAGGACUUUUUAAUGUUGUUGCUAUUAUUGGGUGUUUUUAUUGUGGACUAGAGCCACAGAUGGCUGUGUGUGUGGGGCGAGGGGGAGGUUGAGAGUAGGCCAUCCUGCUUUCCUGGAGGUAGUUUGAGUCCCAGACUGUACUGACUGCCACAGUGGGUCUCUGGGUAGCAAUUUCCCUACCCAACUCUAACGUGCCAGGAUCCUAUAGACCCGUGUGAGAGGGGGUGAGAAGGGAUUCUUGGCUGCGUUCUCACCGCUCCACCUCCAUUCUUCCUUCUCCCCAGAUGGCAUGAUCAACAUUGACAUGACUGGAGAGAAGAGGUCCUUGGAUCUCCCAUAUCACAGCAGCUUUGCUCCCGUCUCCGCACCCCGAAACCAGACCUUCACUUACAUGGGCAAGUUCUCCAUUGACCCCCAGUACGCUGGUGCCAGUUGCUACCCAGAAGGCAUCAUCAAUAUUGUGAGUGCCGGCAUCCUGCAAGGGGUCGCCUCCCCAGCUUCGACUACAGCCUCAUCCAGCGUCGCCUCUGCCUCCCCCAACCCACUGGCCACAGGACCCCUGGGUGUGUGCACCAUGUCCCAGACCCAGCCUGACCUGGACCACCUCUACUCUCCGCCGCCGCCACCUCCUCCUUAUUCUGGCUGCGCAGGAGAACUCUACCAGGAUCCCUCAGCGUUCCUGUCCCCAAGCACCACCUCCACCUCCUCCUCUCUGGGCUACCCACCGCCUCCUUCCUACCCAUCCCCCAAGCCGACCUCGGACCCAGGUCUCUUCCCCAUGAUCCCAGACUACCCUGGAUUUUUCCCAUCGCAGUGCCAGAGAGACCUACACGGUACAGCUGGCCCAGACCGCAAGCCCUUUCCCUGUCCCCUGGCCCUGCGAGUCCCCCCUCCGCUCACUCCACUCUCCACUAUCCGCAACUUUACUCUGGGGGGCCCCAGUGUUGGGGCCACAGGGCCAGGGGCCAGUGGAGGCAGCGAGGGACCCCGGCUCCCUGGCAGCAGCUCGGCCGCCGCCGCCGCUGCUGCGUAUAACCCUCACCAUCUGCCCCUGCGGCCCAUUCUGAGGCCUCGCAAGUACCCCAACAGGCCUAGCAAGACGCCAGUGCACGAGAGGCCCUACCCGUGCCCAGCAGAAGGCUGUGACCGGCGCUUUUCCCGGUCCGACGAGCUGACGCGGCACAUCCGCAUCCAUACGGGGCACAAGCCCUUCCAGUGUCGGAUUUGCAUGCGCAACUUCAGCCGCAGUGACCACCUCACUACCCACAUCCGCACGCACACUGGCGAGAAGCCCUUUGCCUGUGACUACUGCGGCCGCAAGUUUGCCAGGAGUGAUGAGAGGAAGCGCCACACCAAGAUCCACCUGCGACAGAAGGAGCGCAAAAGCAGUGCUCCCUCCUCGGUGCCCGCUGCUUCUACGGCUUCAUGCCCUGGGGGCACGCAGGCUGGAGUGCCCCUGUGCAGCAGCAACAGCAGCACUAUUGGAGGAGGGUCCCUGGCCACUUGCUCCUCUAGGACCAGGACACCUUGAGACCAGACUCAGCCUGACACACCAGCUUCUUGAUGUCCCAGAGGCCCUUGGUCCACUGGAGCUGCACAACAAACACUACCACCCUCUCCUGCCCCUCUCCCCCUUCUUUGGGCAAAAGGGCCUUGGUGGAGCCCAGCACUGCCCUCUUUCCAUUUAGAAGCAGGUCCUUCCUAACCGUUAGCCCACCCGAGUCUUUCUUUGGUGAGUUGACUAUCACCCUAAGGUCAUGGAGAGGUUCUGGCAGGAGGCUGGGUGGGGGCUCCUGGCCUAGAGGGCUGAGGCCUAACCCUGCUUUAAAGGGUGGUUUGGCUAGGUUUUGCUCCCCCUCUCUUAUUUUGACCAAUUACAGGUUUCUGGCUCUGAAUGUCAGAGUUGAUCUGAGACGUUUUCUACAGUAGGUUGGGAGAUGCUGAUCCCCUUCAGGUGGGGACAGCAAAGACAGAAGCAAAACUGACGUGCACUUUAUGGCUUGGGAUUGAUUUGGGGGACGCUGUACAACGAGUAAAGCAUGGUCUUUAUGCUGCAUUGUGUGGCCCUGGAACAGUGAAUCCAAGUGUACCUAGUCCUCUCAACCCUUUAAGCAAUAUGUAUUAUAAACUCAGAGAACAGAAGUGCAAUGUGACAGGAGGGACAUAGCAAUAUCUGCUCCUUUUUGAGUUGUUUGAGAAACGUAAAGAUUAUUUUUGCAGUGUAUAUCCACUCAGAUUUUGUGUAUUUUUGAUGUGCACUGUUCUCCAAGUUCUGAACCUUUGGGAAAAAAAAAAAGUAAAGCAUUUAUGAUCUCUUGAAACGAGUCAGAGGUUAACUUAUUUAAAAGGGGAUGUACAUAUAUUCUCUGAAUCUAGGAUGCAUGCAAUUGUGUUGGAAGUGUCCUUGGUGCCUUGUGUGAUGUAGACAAUGUUACAGGGUCUGCAUGUAAAUGGGUUGCCUUACUAUGAAAAAAAAAAAUCACUCCCUGGGUUUAGUAUGGCUGUAUAUAUCUGCCUAUUAAUAUUUGGAAUUUUUUUUUAGAAAGUAUAUUUUUGUAUGCUCUGUUUUGUGACUUAAAAGUGUUACCUUUGUAGUCAAAUUGCAGUUAAGAAUGUAAAUAAUGUUGCUGAACUGACUUGUUUGGUUAUUAGCUUUUAAUAGUCGUGGAAACAUAAAUGAUUUAUUCUAACACAAAACCACUAACUGAGAUAAUGGAUGGUUUAUAACUAUAGUGUAAAUAAAUACUUUUCAACAAUA